AUGGAACCUGUUAGUAUUACGAAGAAGUGCAAAAUAGGUCACCUAAAUGUAAGAUCUCUGAUGUCAAGCUUUGACGCAUUUACGGACAUGAUGAAUGAGGAUUAUUUUGACAUUCUUGCUCUAACGGAAACAUGGUUAAGCCUUGAUAUCACAAUGGAUGUCGUCAACAUCAGAAAUUUUAACUUUUUGCGCAAGGACAGGUUGUCUCGUUGUGGUGUUUGUAUUAGACAAGACAUACGUGCUGAGAUUAUUGAUGAUGACGUCACGCUAAACACAGCUCCAUUUUUCGAGCAGCUAUGGGUAAAAUUAAGGAUUGAUCAGCAUGACUUUGCUGUAGGAGUUGCCAGGGCACAGGUGAUGGAACGAUUAAAAUCCUAUGCACCAGACGCGGGAGACUUGCCCGGGAUUGAGGUGGCAAUCUGGCACAGUCAAAUAUUCGCGCAAUACAGAGUACAAAGAAAAGAUCCAGAUGAGCGAAGAUACAAUGUGACCCUGAAGGUGUUGACCCCGUUCGAAGCCUUCCCGAAGUUGAAUUUGUUCGCAGCUUUUGAGACCGAGGAGAAUUUUUAUCGCACCACGCUAUUAUUCAACACGAAUAGGAGUGAUAUAUCAGUGGACGCUACAACUGAGAAAUCGCUUCACGACGAAACAGCAGGCAUAAAAAUAAAUGAGCACCUUUUGUGA